AUGGAGUCGAAGACCGGGGGGUACAUCGCCAGCCUUCUCCGCCCCGUCAUUGAUAAGGUGGGGCCGGAGAAUGUGGUGGCGGUCUGCACCGAUGGCGGCAGCAACUAUGCAUCGGCCGCCAAGAAGAUUGCGAGCACAUGGCCGCACAUUGAGCAUGUGCCAUGUGCCACGCAUGUCCUGGACCUGAUGAUGGAAGAUAUGGGCAAAAUGGGAUGGGCGAAGGGGCUUGUGGAGAAAGGAGGGGAGAUGAUUACCUUCGUGCGCAACCACCACCACUUUACCCGUGCCUAUAUGAAGAAAGUGGGGGGGAAGCAGGUGCUCAAGCCUGCGGGAACCAGGUUCGGGACACAAUACAUAGCCAUGGUCCGGCUAUGUGAGGUGAGGAGUGGGCUGGCGGCGAUGGUGCUCAGCGACGAGUGGAAGGUGUGGGCAGCGGCGGACAAGGAUAGGAAGGCAGCAGCUGAGAAAUUCAGGGCUGCUGUGAUGGAUGAGGAGUGGUGGGGGGUGGCGGAGUUCUUUACCUCUCUCAUGGCGGUGCCAUUCAAGGCCAUGCGGGCCACGGACUCUUCCGCGAAAGGCAUGAUGGAGAGGGCAGACAUCACCAAGAUUGUGAAGGACAGGUGGGACAACUCCCUUGCCUGCCCCAUGCAUGUGGUUGGCCGGAUCCUGAAUCCGGCCAACCAGGAGGAGGGAAUUUUCAGGAACGAUGUGGAGUGCACGCGGGUGUUCAAGGACUACAUCGAGCGCCACUAUGAUAACAAGACCUUCAAGCGUGGCAAGGAUGGCGCCCCUCGCCGCGCCUCCCUUGUGCUGCAGGAGGCAUUGCUGGCCUACAUCAACAUGGAGGGCAGCUUUGGCAAGCCGGGCGCCAUUUCUGCAAGGGAGGCAGUGAAGAAGGGGGAGAUGAGCAUGGUGCAGUGGUGGUCGUGGCACAGCACCGAGUAUCCUGAGCUUGCCGCCCUCGCAUGCCGGGUGCUCACUCAGCCCGUCUCGGCUUCCCCAUGCGAGCGUGGCUGGGCGCAGUGGGAAGGCAUCCACACCGCCCGCCGCAACUGGCUCGGGUCCGCCAAGUGUGCGGACCUCGUCUACAUUGCGCACAAUUUCAACGUUGUGCGCAAUUGGUACAAGAAGGAUGGGGGCAGCACGGUUGUGCCCGGUAACAUCCCGGAUGCCCCUAUCCCCCCCGGCUAUAACAUGGAUGAGGAGGAGGAUGACAUGCUGGGGGAGGAAGGAGAGGAUGCAGUGCUGGCGGAUGAGUAUGGGGAAGGUGUGGUGGUGGAAAAGCCCCGCAAGGAAAUCGGUUGUGGGGAAGCUAGCUAG